AUGUCCUAUUACGAGAACAACGCACAGUGGUCCAGCCCUACCCCGGGACAAAACAACUGGGAUCACCAGACACCUGUGCGCGGUGAUGUGGCUCGGACACUAACUGCUAGACCUACAGAGGUUGACCGUGCCUAUGAAACCCUAGCCAAGAGCGGCAAGUCUUUUGGACUUCCCCCUCGGCGUGAGUACUCUUCGCCCGGGCCCCGAAUGGGCCCCGGCCCCGGCCCCGGCAGGAAGUCGCUGGACUAUAACGGUCGUAUGCCCGUCGGCCCCGGUUCCCGACCGCACUCGAUCAACCAGUUCGAAGACCCCCGCGCCCAUCCCAACGCGAACCUUCAAAACUUCUACGCUUCUCAACGUCACCAGCCCUCCCGCGGCUCCAGCGAGGCAGAGCAGAUGAUGCAGGCCAAGAGGAGGAUGGCGGCUCAAAGGGAGCGAGAGCUGCGCAACCUCCACACGGAGCAGCAGUAUCAAAGAACUGUCCUUUCCGACAUGAACUACGGGAACAAGCAUAUGUCCGAAGAGGAGACCCGUGAACUUAUUGCCCGUCAACGCAGCGCGUUGUACGGAGAGGGCCUGUUUGCCGAGAAGGGAGGUUAUGUCGAUGAAACCGGCAUUGUCCGCACUGGUUCCCUCGCCCGUAGCGGCCCCUCUAGCCUUCGUGGGGCUUCGCCGAUGGCCUUCGAAGGGUCUGGUCCUUUCCGCAGCGGCCUGCCUCCCCCCAACGACGCCGCCAACCUGCGCAACCAGUCCCCCAUGAACCAGGAUCACCGCGGUGGCCCCGCCCCGGCUCAUCAGGACGCCAACGCGUCCGUUUCUGGGCCUGAGACCGUGACUGGCUCUAUGCCCGGCUCAGGCAUGGAACAGGGAUCCCGGACCGGCAGCACGUCCAGUCCUCAGCCGAACGCUGCCAACAAAACGGCUUUUGAAUCGGCGGUCAGCCAGGCCGCGGCUCGCACCUCCAGCUCCUCCUCGCCCAGCGGGUCCCCCCCUAGGCAAGACGUGCCGGCCGGCUCCAAAGCCCCGCAGCAUAACGCCACCGUUGCCCCGAUUGGCACCCGGCCUUCUGGUACGCCUGGAGCGGCUUCCUCGGGAGCCUCCAAGAGGUCUACCACCCCGCUGGCGUCACCUGGCGGCUGGGGCCGCGGUAAUGAUGUCUGGGGCCCUCAGGCAUCGGGCUUGAGCAGCGCAACCUCCGCCAGUGUGUGGGGUUAG